GGACCUAAGGGGUUUUUGAUCCCAAAUCCGAUGUUCGAAGCAACUCUCUAUAAAACCCAAUGAUCUCUCUCUUCUUCUGAUACAUCGUUCUUCAUUUGUUGUUGUGUUCAUCAGCUUUUGUGUUAGCCAUGGCGUUUCCCUAUAUGGAAGCCGUUGUCGGAUUUAUGAUAUUAAUGUAUAUAUUUGAAACUUACUUGGAUGUGCGGCAACAUAAGGCCCUCAAACUUCCAACUCUUCCAAAGACUUUAGAAGGGGUUAUCAGCCAAGAGAAAUUUGAAAAAUCAAGAGCCUAUAGUCUUGAUAAAAGCCACUUUCAUUUUAUUCACGAGUUUGUGACAAUAGUGACAGACUCUACAAUUUUGUACUUUGGGGUAUUGCCCUGGUUUUGGAAGAAAUCAGGAGAAUAUGUGACAACAGUUGGUCUCAAUGCAGAGAAUGAAAUACUGCAUACUCUUGCCUUUUUAGCUGGUUUGAUGAUUUGGUCACAGAUAACCGAUUUGCCCUUUUCUCUGUACUCAACUUUUGUGAUUGAGGCAAGUCAUGGUUUUAAUAAGCAAACACCGUGGUUAUUCUUUAGGGACAUGAUUAAAGGAAUUUUCCUUGCUGUAAUAAUUGGUCCACCUAUUGUGUCUGCAAUCAUUGUAAUAAUACAGAAAGGAGGUCCAUACUUAGCCAUCUAUCUUUGGGCGUUUACAUUUGGGCUUUCUAUUGUGAUGAUGACUCUUUAUCCAGUACUGAUAGCUCCACUCUUCAAUAAGUUCACUCCUCUUCCAGAUGGUCAACUCAGGGAGAAAAUCGAGAAACUUGCUUCCACCCUCAACUUUCCGUUAAGGAAACUGUUUGUUGUUGAUGGGUCCACAAGAUCAAGUCACAGCAAUGCCUAUAUGUAUGGAUUCUUCAAGAACAAAAGGAUUGUGCUUUAUGACACAUUAAUUCAACAGUGCAAAAAUGAUGAGGAAAUUGUUGCUGUUAUUGCCCAUGAGUUGGGACACUGGAAGCUCAACCAUACUGUGUACACGUUUGUUGCAAUGCAGAUUCUUACACUUCUGCAAUUUGGAGGAUAUACUCUGGUGCGAAAUUCAACUGAUCUGUUUCGAAGUUUUGGGUUCGAUACAGAGCCAGUCCUCAUUGGGCUUAUCUUAUUCCAGCAUACUGUAAUCCCACUUCAGCAAUUGGUCAGCUUUGGUCUGAACCUUGUCAGCCGAUCAUUUGAAUUUCAGGCUGAUGCCUUUGCUAAAAAGCUUGGAUAUGCAUCUGAACUACGAUCUGGGCUUGUGAAACUACAGGAGGAGAAUCUGUCAGCUAUGAAUACAGAUCCUUGGUUCUCUGCUUAUCACUAUUCUCAUCCUCCCCUUGUUGAAAGAUUGGCAGCGCUGGACGAACCAGACAAGAAGGAAGACUGAAAACAGCAACUUAUAGAUGAAGAAGAGCAGCAUAAUUUGGUUGUACUGUAACCUGCGAUGAUUGGGUACUAUAGCUGUAAUAUCUUAAACGUACAUGUUUGUGUAGCUUAGGUUUCACUUUCAAUGAUCAUGUUUUGGUCCUGGAUGAACACCAAAUGGCUUUAGAUAAGAUAGCAAGAGCGAAGGGAAAUAGGAAAAUGUUUUGGUCCAUUUCAUAACUGUUACUUUGUUUUGUCCAUCUUUUUUUUUUUAAUUCUACAUUUAAAAUGUUGACCUUUUCGUGA